AUGGCGGACCAAGAGAACUGCGCGAGGGUGACUCGCUUGGCGACUAAGAAGAGAGCGGCGGCAGAGGCAAUGACUUCUCAGCAACAACAAAACAAGAAGAAGAGAGUAGUUUUGGGCGAGAUUCAGAAUUUUGUAGCGCCAUUGGAGGCGAGUAACAAAAAUAGCAAGCAGAAUCUCGAGAACCAAAAGCAGAAAAAGAAGCCCAAUAGGAAGGUUAAGAAGCCGGUGGAGAUAGCGGAUGUCAGCGUGGAGGAAGAGAGGGAAAAGAAGAGUGUGGAGGGUGAAGAUGAUGUUGGAAUUGAUGUUAACGCCAAAUCUGAUGACCCGCAAAUGUGUGCAGCCUAUGUUUCUGGGAUAUAUGAAUACCUUCAUAAAAUGGAGAUGGAAGCUAAGAGAAGGCCAGUGGCAGAUUACUUGGAAAAGGUUCAGAAGGAUGUGACUGCAAACAUGAGAGGGAUUUUGGUGGAUUGGUUAGUCGAGGUUGCUGAGGAAUACAAGCUUCUUUCAGAUACGCUUUACUUAUCAGUGUCAUACAUUGAUAGAUUCUUGUCGCUGAAUGCUAUUAACCGACAAAGGCUUCAGCUCCUUGGAGUCGCUUCAAUGCUCAUUGCUUCGAAAUAUGAGGAGAUUAAUCCCCCACAUUUGGAAGAUUUUGUUUACAUUACGGAUAACACAUAUACGAAGGAAGAAAUGGUGAAGAUGGAGUCUGAUGUGCUAAAUUCUUUGAAGUUUGAAAUGGGCAAUCCUACUGUCAAAACAUUUCUUAGGUAG